UCAUCAUCUUUGGUUGUAAUUGCUCUCUUGUGUCGUCACAUGCCGAACUAGUAGGUGGCGAGAGGUACACAGUGUAUAAAAAAGGAGCAGUCCUGCUCACAGCACCUUGUUUUCCCUCAGCUUACCUCAGCAGGUCUGCUUCUCAACCCACUGACACCACCACAAUGGCCUUUGCCGGAAGAUGGGAAACCGAAACCCAGGAGGGAUACGAUGAGUUCUGCAAACUGAUUGGCAUCCCUGAUGACAUCAUCGAGAAAGGUCGUGACUACAAGAUCAUCACGGAGAUCACCCAGAGUGGAGACAAUUUCUCCUGGACCCAGAUCUACCCAACAGACGCCAGGGUCACCAACACGUUCACAAUUGGCAAAGAGUGUGACAUUCAGACUAUCGGAGGGAAGAAAUUUAAGGGCACAGUGAACAUGGAGGGAGGUAAGCUGGUUGUGACGUUCCCCAACUACAAGCAAGUCAGUGAGAUCAGUGGGGGCAAACUUAUCGAGACCUCCACAGCUGCCUCUGUUGUCCUGAAGAGAACCAGCAAGAAGAUCUAAUGUCUGACUGACCUUUGACUUCUUGUUCAGUUACAACAAAGAUCUCUAAACUACAGACAAAAAAACACAUUUAAUAAAAUGUUUUAAUGAGAA